AUGUCCUCAAACACUGAUCCAUCAUUCACCGACACCACCGACUUCGCCGCCACCUCACGCGGCUUCAUCGCAGCCCUCACCCCACCCGUCAUCAAAUCCGCCUCGGGCAAAACAGUCUGGGACAUCGAUGCCUACUCUUUCCUGCAGGAUGAAUGUCCCGAAACAGCGCAUCCCAACCUCUGGCGCCAGGGCCAAUUGACAGCAAAGCACGGCCUGUACGAGAUCUGUCCUGGAAUCUACCACAUCCGCGGCUACGACCUCUCCAACAUGACCAUCGUCGAAGGAAAGGAUGGAAUCAUCAUCAUCGACCCACUCAUUUCAUGCGAAUGCGCAGCCGCCGGGCUGAAACUGUAUCGUGAGCAUCGCGGACCGCGCAAAGUCAGAGGGAUGGUGUACUCGCAUUCGCACGGGGACCAUUACAUGGGUGCGGCGGGUGUAUUAGAUUUAGACGAAGGGGAAGAGCCAGGAAUUCCGAUCAUCGCUCUAGAGGGAUUCAUGGAAGCGAUCAUGAGCGAAAGCAUUCUUGCUGGACCGGCGAUGCGGAAACGCGGCGCUUUCAUGUACGGCAAUGCCCUUCCGCGCAGUCCGACGGGGCAGAUCGGCACCGGUCUAGGGCUAGGGUCGAGCGUGGGCACGACGAGCCUAAUCCCGCCGACACUCCUGAUCCAGAAGACUGGUGAAGAACAUGUGGUUGACGGCGUGCGAAUCGUGUUCCAGAUGGUGCCGGGCAGCGAGGCCCCCAUACGGAGAUCAAUUUCCAUUUCCCUGACUUCCAAGAUCUCUGUGCGCGACGCGAAGGCCUGGUCGGGGUAUCUGGACGAAGCGAUUGUGUUGUUCGGAAGAGACUCGGACGUGCUGUUUGGAAGUCAUCAUUGGCCAACGUGGGGAAGAGAUGAGCUCAUUGCCAGACUGGCGGAGCAGAGAGAUCUGUAUGGGUAUAUGCAUGAUCAGACGGUAAGGCUGAUGAACCUGGGGUUAACGGGAGUGGAGAUUGCAGAGCGCAUGAGGCUGCCCGGGAGGAUUGAGCGCAAGUGGCAUUGUCGUGGGAUUACGGGGGGUAUCUAUCAAAAGUACAUGACCUGGUUUGACGGCCGCCCCGAGCAUCUCUGGCAAUAUCCGCCAACCGAGGAAGGCCAGCGCUACGUGGAAUGUUUCAACGGCAUCGAUGGGCUCUGCGACAAGGCAGAGGCCUUUGUUCAGAAACGCGACUAUCGAUCCGCUGCGACGCUUCUGGCCCACGCAGUGGCGGCGGAUUCGGGCUCGACAGAGCCCCGUCCAAAGCUGCUUCUCGCCUCGGUAUACGAGCAGUUGGGCUUCGGCGCGGAGAACGCCACAUGGAGAAACUUCUAUCUCACUGGCGCGCAGGAACUGCGGAGUGGGAAGAAAGCGGGCAUGGUGGCUGGGGGUAGGACGCCGCUAGGGGAGCGAUUGAGUAUCGAUCAGUGGUUCGAUAUUAUGGCGGUGCAGUUGGAUGGAGAGAGAGGAGCAGAUAUGCACUUCACGAUUGACUGGGAGAUUACAGAUGUCAAGCAGCGGUGGCGGCUGAUCGUGAGCAACGGAGUUUUGACUACGCGGUCGUUGAACACCGAGAUACAAGUGCAGGAGGCCAGGGAGAAUCCGGCGGACUAUGAGAUGGUGCUAACGAAGAGUCAGCUGUUGGAGGUGAUCCUAGGACAGGAAGUCAAGCCGGAGAGGAAGAGUGGCCGGGAAGAAGUCUUGGGUCAGUUGUUGGAUUUGAUAUCGGUGCAGGAUGGUUCAUCUCGAGGGCCAAGUCAGUUGUAAACCUGACUUUAUUCAAUGAAAGGCUAGCAUACAACCGAG